AUGAGCUCCUUCCAGAUCUCUGUGGGGGACCAGAGGGCCGGCGGGGGCCAGGCCACCCUGUGCAACUUCUGCAAGCACAAUGGGGAAUCCCGGCACGUCUACUCCUCACACCAGCUGAAGACCUCAGAGGGCGUGGUGGUGUGUCCCAUCCUGAGGCACUAUGUGUGUCCCUUGUGCGGGGCCACCGGCGGCCAGGCCCACACGCUCAAGUACUGCCCGCUCAACGGUGGCCAGCAGUCUCUCUACCACCACAGCAGGCGCAACUCGGCUGGUCGCAAGGUCAAGCGCUGA